CGUACCUUGGUCGGGUCAUCCCGUGGCACACCCCUGCGCUGCGCCGUCACAUGCUUUUUCUUCUACAAUCCAUGGCCGCCAUCUUGUUCUGCUAGAACUUUCUGGAGCCCCAACUGCGCAAAACUACUCCAAGGAACGUGCAAUAUAAGGGUACACAAGAUGAGAAGAACGCUCCUCUUCCUGGCGGCUGUUGUCCAGUGUACAUACGUACUUGGUCAGCUGAAUGGAUGGCCGGAUCAGAAUGUCUGUAGUCCUGGUCCCAACACCACCGUCCCCCUCCCCACCAUUCCCAAAGACUUCGAGACAAGAAUAGAGAUCACCAUUGAAGCUGUGGAUGGACAACCCAAGAAAACAAUAGAAAUGUGGGAGUUUUUCGACUCCACGAACAACCGUGGGCUGAUCGGCAUCAUGGCGGGCGGUAACUAUGGUUACCAGAUCUACAACUACCGGACGAACGAGAUCUAUGAUAUCCAGGGUGUGGUCUGUGUACAGCAGCAGACUGUCAACGGUCAGACCGUCACCAUGCCCGGGCCGUGUAUGAACACGCUGUGUGUGACGGAGUCUAUGAGUGACGGGAACACGUUCCUGGUCGGACACAAGCUGGAGAACGGCACGCUGCACAUGUUCUCUACUGCCCAGGCGCUCUGGUUCGACGCCAGUCGACUGCCCAUCACUUACAUUGGAGAAGAAACAGUCCGAGGGAUUCCCGUUCAACACUGGAGACAGUGUAACUACAUCGACAAGUGGUCAUCUACCUUCAAUGUGGAUUACUACUGGAGUAAGCCAGUAGCGUGGGUAUCUGCCAGCGGCCCAGCAGCGCCCUCUGUCCCCGUGCGUGUGGUAGUGGCGGGCCAAGGAUGUAGCCCCACUGCUAGCACCUGUUCCAUGCGGCGUGCGUUCAGGAGGCAGUACGAGUUCACCUUCUUCAGACCUGCUCUGACCGUAGAUGGGAAGAUAUUCCAGCCGCCAGAGAACGUACUGUGCCUGAAUGAGAAGCUCUCCCUGUCCCUCCCUCCCCUGCCUGACCGGUACGCCGUCAGGACAGAGUACCUCACCAACAUCCCGUCCGCCGGCGGGUACGAGACAAUCAUCGCAUACUAUGAUACGUGGUACGACUACGGCUACAAACUGUCCCGAAUGGACUUCCUGGUCGACUUCGUGAUCCCGGUUCAAACCAUUCAGGACUUCAACACAGGGAUCGAGUACCAGAUUCUCCCCACCACCGGAAACUGCAGCGUCACGCCCAUCUCCAACCAGACCUGGGACACCGUCUUCACCGACCCCUACCACGUGCGCAUGCGCAACCCGUUCGAGUGGUUCAUGACGGACAAGUACCCUCCCUUCUACCAGGGCAAGCAAAUGACCCGGGGCAUGCGCACUGACGUGUGGCUGGCAGCCCGCGCAGACUGGCCCCCGACUAACCCCAUGCAGAGCGAAUUCACCUACUACUACUCAUCGGCGGAGUAUCAGCACUACAUGGGUUCACUGGAGCAGAGGCGAGUUCCAGUCAAGCUGCAGAUUAGGGUUAAUCCAAUCAACUCUGCAUCUGCUGACAAGGCGAACGUCUUCACCUGGAACUACUUUAAGUUCGUGGAGGAGCAUCCCUACAUCUGGGUGUUUGACACCACUCAGUGCUUCCCAGAGUCCAACAAAAUGAACAUCAUGUUCAAAGUACCAGCCGAGUACAAGGCGGCGUUCCAGCUGAGUGAGACUCUGGCCCGUGACGUGUUCCUGUACGAGCUGGCCCGGGUCAUGACGGUGUCUCCGCUCCGCAUACAGAACAUCGGGUUCUCCUACACCAGUACAAGUGACGUCACCGUCAGGUUCACGUUGCUAGGCAACCCGCCUGUCACUGGUAAUGUCGCCGUCAUCAAGCCGCAGACGUCACUGGACGUGGCCAGGACACUGCUGAAGAACGCCAUCGACACCAACAGCUUCCGGGUCACCAUUCAGCUGCAGAAUGUGCUGACCGUGGUCGUGCCUGCCUCCCCGGGCACUAUCGUGGAGAACGCCAUCUUUGACAGCCAGUCAGACAACCUCAUCGGCUUUUCCGGCGGUGCCAUGGCUGGUCUGGCUAUCGGCCUUCUCAUCGUGACCAUUGCCCUGGGUCUGGGGCUGAUGUUCCUACUGAAUCGCGGGUUUGACGGAGCUCCCAAGGCGCCGGCCGUGGCGCGCAGCGGGGGUGGAAACUCCGCUCCUACCGAGGAAAAGGUUCCGGGUGGGCUCCCCACACAGAUGGAGACCAUCGAGGUUCCUACUGGUGAUACCAGUGCAUAGGGCGUGUAUAUUUGUAGUAGGAAACACACCAAUACAACAUGUCAAGAAUGGACACAAUGAUAAUCUCCAAGCAGAUCUUUCUGUGGCAACUAUCCAUUGGCCAGAGGAGUGUCCAUUAGCCACCGAAAUGGACACAGGAUGGCCAAUGGAUACAGGAUGGCCAAUGGAUACGAUCUUUUGCCACCCAACCGAAAGAUCUGCUUGGAUAUUACACAAUGAGCAACUAGUAGAGAUCAACAUGAUAGCUACAAAUAGCUAGUAGAGGUCAUAAACAACUAGUAGAUGUCACGAACACCUAGUAGAGGUCAUACAAAACUACAAGAGGUCAUAAGCAACUGGUAUAGGUCAUAAAUAACUAGUUGAAGUCAUCAAAAUAUAAUAGUAGAGGUGAAUAAUUCUCACUCAGUAAUCCUGGUGAUUAGUAAAGAAGGUGACCAAGGACAGAAGGAAGGAAAACUCUAUGACGUUAUGUCUUGCAUAGGGUAAGAUGAUAAGUAAGUAGUAAAGGUGAGCACUGAUCACCUGUUUUGCCCCUUCCAUUUUGUAAAUGGAAAAGUUCAUUAAAGAUAUAGAAAAAAAUUAUUAAAGAAAUAAAUAAAUAAACAGGCACUUCAGAUAAAUAGCAAGAUCCCUUAAAACAUUUCGUCAUGAUUAUGCACACUUUUACUGGUCCAAGAAAGUGGAACAUUUAAAAUGAUCAAUGUACGUGCUUUCUUAAAUCCGUAAUCGUUAAGUCCUUCUAAGGAAGUAGAAAAUGCCACUGAUUCAGGGCUACAAUAUGUAAAUGUACGUAGUGCAUGUGAUGUAUUGUACAGGGCCUAGACAUGUUUUAAGGUAAUCAAAUCCAAUAUCAGACCACAAAUAACCUCGUAAGUUUUCAGCUUAGACAUCAAACGUUUCUGGACGUUCUUUGAUAGUUGUUUUGCUUUUAAAUUUUGUUUCCUUUUUUUGUACCAAAAUCUACUGCCUAAUGCUAACCGUAUAUAUAAAAUGCAUGAAGAGAAGAAUAAUGUUUAGAAAAAGCAAUGACCAACUCUGCCACUCAAAAUGGUACUUUGAUUAAGUUUAUUGGCAACUGUUUAAAAUGCUCUCAAAUGCGUACCAGUCUUGCCCUUUGUUAUAUUUUCUUUAGAAAUGUGAAUACAGCAACAAUAUUCUCCUGUAGUUUACAAAAAGCAGCCAACAUGACUGAACAACCCUUCACAUAUGAGUGUAUUUUAAGAAAUUAAAUUGUUGCAUAUAAAUGUUUUUCAUCACUGACAAUAAACCACAUACAAAGCUC